AUGGCCGCCGCGGUCGCCUUGGCAAGCCCUCUCCGGCGACUCCUCCACCUCCCUUUCCCGCGCCGCGCUAUCCCCACACCACUCCGCUUCUUCGCGCGAGGGCGGUGUGACCUGGCCCUCGUCGUCUCGGCGGCCGCAGUCGGAGAUUCGUCUGCUAAGGGGAGCGUGCACAGGCAUGUAAUCGAGGAAGUCAUGGACAUUCUGGAUAUGGCACAAAGGGCUUCCCAACGGAGAGACGUCUUCCACACCAGUUUUCUUACGCCGCCUAUCAUAGCGGAGGCUAUGCUAGCAAUUGAAAAGUUAGCUGAUAUCAAAGCAGUAGCUCAGGGGGGCUAUCCACAGGCUGAGCGGUGCCGAAUUUCGGUUGGGCAUCCAGACUCUAUGAGAAGUGACCCAGAUGUAGUUGCUGCUUUGAGCAUCUCCGGGAAUUUCCGAUUGGAACCCUGUUCUCAUGGUGACUUUCUCGGUGCUAUUCUUGGGGCAGGAAUUACAAGGGAGAAAGUUGGAGAUAUACUUUUACAGGGGGAAAGAGGUGCUCAGGUCCUUGUUGAUCCAGAGCUUGUUGACUAUCUGACUUCCACACUAGAAAAGGUGGGGAAAGUUGGUGUUUCAUGCACCCAGAUUCCCUUGCUUGCUAUAGAGUAUGAGCCACCAAGGACCAAAUCUUUUAAAACUGUAGAAUCAUCACUUCGGGUUGAUGCUGUGGCCAGUGCAGGAUUCAAAAUAUCACGCACAAAGCUUGGUAGCAUGAUCAGUUCUGGAGAUGUUCGUGUGAAUUGGUCACUGGUUUCGAAAAGUGGAGCUACCCUCAAGGCUGGAGAUGUUGUUUCUGUCAGUGGGAUGGGGAGAUUAAAGAUUGGGGAAAUCGUGACUACGAAGAAAGGCAAAUAUGUCGUUCAGUUGAUUCAAUAUUUGUAG